AUGGCCAACACCAUCCUUGGAGAAACACAGGAGGAGGAGGAUGAGAUCCUUCCAAGGAAAGACUAUGAGAGUUUGGAUUAUGAUCGCUGUAUCAAUGACCCUUACCUGGAAGUUUUGGAGACCAUGGACAAUAAGAAAGGUCGCAGGUAUGAGGCGGUGAAGUGGAUGAUGGUGUUUGCCAUUGGAGUCUGCACUGGGCUGGUGGGUCUCUUUGUGGACUUUUUCGUGCGCCUCUUCAGCCAGCUCAAGUUCGGAGUGGUUCAGACCUCGGUGGAGGAAUGCAGCCAGAAAGGGUGCCUUGCCCUGUCCCUCCUCGAGCUCUUGGGUUUCAACUUGACCUUUGUCUUCCUGGCAAGCCUUCUCGUCCUGAUUGAGCCAGUGGCAGCAGGUUCUGGAAUACCCGAAAUCAAGUGCUACCUGAACGGUGUGAAGGUGCCCGGAAUUGUCCGUCUCCGAACCCUGCUCUGCAAAGUCUUUGGAGUGCUGUUCAGUGUGGCUGGAGGGCUCUUUGUGGGGAAGGAAGGCCCCAUGAUCCACAGUGGAGCAGUGGUGGGAGCUGGCCUGCCUCAGUUUCAGAGCAUCUCCUUACGGAAGAUCCAGUUUAACUUUCCCUAUUUCCGAAGUGACAGAGACAAGCGGGACUUUGUAUCAGCGGGGGCAGCUGCUGGAGUUGCUGCAGCUUUCGGGGCUCCCAUCGGGGGGACCCUGUUCAGUCUGGAGGAGGGCUCAUCCUUUUGGAACCAGGGGCUCACGUGGAAAGUGCUCUUUUGUUCCAUGUCCGCCACCUUCACCCUCAACUUCUUUCGUUCUGGGAUUCAGUUUGGGAGUUGGGGUUCCUUCCAGCUCCCUGGAUUGCUGAACUUUGGCGAGUUUAAGUGCUCUGACUCUGAUAAAAAAUGUCAUCUCUGGACAGCUAUGGAUUUGGGUUUCUUCGUCGUGAUGGGGGUCAUUGGGGGCCUCCUGGGAGCCACAUUCAACUGUCUGAACAAGAGGCUUGCAAAGUACCGUAUGCGAAACGUGCACCCGAAACCUAAGCUCGUCAGAGUCUUAGAGAGCCUCUUGGUGUCCUUGGUAACCACUGUGGUGGUGUUCAUGGCCUCGAUGGUGUUAGGAGAAUGCCGACAGAUGUCUUCUUCGAGUCAAAUCGGUAAUGACUCAUUCCAGCUCCAGGUCACAUCAGAAGAUGUCAAUUCAAGUAUCAAGACCUUUUUUUGUCCCAACGAGACCUACAAUGACAUGGCCACACUCUUCUUCAAUCCCCAGGAGUCUGCCAUCCUUCAGCUUUUCCACCAGGACGGCACUUUCAGCCCUGUCACCCUGGCCUUGUUCUUCGCCCUCUAUUUCCUGCUCGCGUGUUGGACCUAUGGCACUUCUGUUCCUAGUGGCCUGUUUGUGCCUUCCCUGCUGUGUGGAGCCGCUUUUGGGCGUUUAGUUGCCAAUGUCCUCAAAAGCUACAUCGGCUUGGGCCAUAUCUAUUCGGGGACCUUCGCCCUGAUUGGUGCCGCAGCCUUCCUGGGUGGGGUCGUGCGCAUGACCAUCAGUCUGACGGUCAUCCUGAUUGAGUCUACCAACGAGAUCACUUAUGGGCUCCCCAUUAUGAUCACUCUGAUGGUGGCCAAAUGGACGGGAGACUUUUUCAACAAGGGCAUUUAUGACAUCCACGUGGGCUUGCGAGGCGUACCACUUUUGGAGUGGGAGACAGAGGUGGAAAUGGACAAAGGCCAGCCUGAGGUCACUCGUGGUCCUGGUGGCCUGUGGAAGAGAGCCAGCGUGGGGCAGGACAAAAGGGGCCACGGGGAGAGCGGUCUGUGGACAGUGUCUUGGUCGGGAUUGCAGAGCGCCAGCCAGCCUCGCCUUUCGUAUGCCGAGAUGGCUGAGGAUUACCCGCGGUACCCGGACAUCCACGACCUGGACCUGACGCUGCUGAACCCACGCAUGAUUGUGGACGUCACCCCGUACAUGAACCCUUCGCCCUUCACCGUUUCACCUAACACCCACGUCUCUCAAGUUUUCAACCUGUUCAGAACGAUGGGCCUGCGGCACUUGCCCGUGGUGAAUGCCGUGGGGGAGAUCGUUGGGAUCAUCACUCGACACAACCUGACGUUCGAGUUUCUGCACGCCCGACUACGGCAGCACUACCAGACCAUCUGA